GAAUGUGUACCGUUUUAGCUCAAACACGUUGCCAAUUGGUAUUACUAAUGUUCGUUUUAAUAUAAAAAUUACGUAUUAUUAUUAAACUUUUUUUUAUUUAUUUGUAAAAAAAUGAAAAUUAAAUUAUAAAAGUUUAAUUAAAAAUAUAAAUAUCUUUUUCCAAAAAAUUUAAGUUCUAAUAUUCCGGUUUAAAAAAAUAUACAUUUCAUUUUAGCAUGAGUUCCUGGCAUUUAAUUUAAUGGGUCAGAAACACGCUCGUAGUUAGCCUGAAAGACAACGCGUAGCGAAACCAAAUUAAACAUAAGGCAGCGAUUAGGUAAGCUAUUUAUUGAUUUACAGUAGAGGUAUACCCCAACAUUGUCAGAAUUAGUAUAUUAACAUGACAAAUCUCCGGUCAUUUAUUAAAUGUAAUACUCAGAAACAAAUAACUAACUCACUGUCCACCGUCGUAUAGGCUAAUACUAAUAUUAUUAAUUAUUCAUUAAUAUUUUUAUUAUAAAUAUUAUUUAAGUCUGUUCAAUUAAAUAAAUAUAAAAUUCCACCAAAGGUAGCCAAGACCUAAUUUUAAAAAAUAAUAUAACUUAUGCCUUUCUAAUGAGUAUGAUCAUACUUAUUAGAUGACAGUACACUGAGUGAUAUAUAAUAUAAUUAUAAAUAUAAUAUAUAUAUGAAUUGAAUAUGCCAUGACUUGUACUUGUUAAUGUUAGAGGUUCUCCAUUAAUUGUCAACAAAAUGGGGGUUGGGGUGAAAAUAGUUGACAAGGGGGAGGGAGGUUAGAUUGGUUGAAGUCAACAAUCAUGUUUUCUCUAUUAAAAUUUUGUCUUUAAAAGUUGACUGGUUAUUACUGUUACUAUUACAUUAUUUUAACAUUAAAAACUUUAGAUACAUAAAUUUUAACUUGUUCAUUAACAUACACUCCAUACAGAUGCAAUAAAAUGUUUUUCCUACAAUUUUGUGUUAUUAAAAUUAAAAUAGAUCAGCACAAAGGAAAAUGUAUUUUAAUUUAUAUUACCGGGCUUAUAUUCCCGGGUACAAUUCAUUUUUUUUUUAGGGAGGAGGGGGUUAUUAAAAUGUUGACAUAAUUUAAUUUCCGGGGAUGGGGGGGCAUUGAAAGUUUGACAGUUGACGGAGAGGGGGGAGCGGCAAAAAUUGCUUUAAAAUUUUUAAAAUUUUUGCCGUUAUCAAUAGACUUGUAGUUGUAGUCAUUAAUUAAAAUAAUUACUUGUUUUGUUAUAUUACUUAGGCCUAUAAUAAAAUAUUAAUUAUAGGCUUCUACUUUUCUUUUACUUUUAGCAAAUAUUAAUUUUAAUUUGUUUUUAUUAUGUUUCAGAAUUUGAUAAUGGGUCGACGUAAGAAGGCAAAUAAACCUCCACCAAAACGCAAAGCCAUUGUUCCUCUUGAUACUCUGUUUAACUGCCCAUUUUGUAAUCAUGAAAAGUCAUGUGAGGUUAAAUUGUAAGUAUCAAUGUCAUUAUAUGCUAAAAAAUUUUUAUUAAAUUUAAAUCUUCAUCUUCUUUAUUUUCUGGCUGAAUUUAUUCAAGAAUCGAGUAGCUGCAAUUUAGCCAUUUUCUAACUUAAGCAAGAAAUGUUUACUAAAGUCGGCAUCCAGUGGAGAUUUUACAAUUGGUUUCCUAAUCUCCAAAAACAAUUACGGUACUUUUUUAAUGCACCAAUUUCCCAGCUAUGUUACCAAUACCUUUAGGACAAUUCAUACUCAUAUCUUUUGGUCAAGGCAUGAAAUGUUUCUGCUGCAACUUGGGAAAAGGUGAAACUUGUUGCUAAUUAUGAUUUUCCAUAAUAUAUGAUAAUGGUAAAACAAUUAAAACCCAUUUAAAACUAGACCAGAGAAAAUAAAAAAGUUUGGGAACCACUGAUUUGACAAAACUGCGAGGAAAUUUAUUUGCAGCUAAUUAUAAUUUUGAUGGAGCAAUGGUUCUGAAAUGUAUGGCAGGGGCAAACAAAAUCUAUCCAGGAUCAUUUUUUAUUUUGGCGUUUUAAUUUGUCUGGUGUUGCUUUUAUGAUAUAACUACAAAAAGCUUUCAAAUUUGAAGUGAUGUAAUUUUACAUCAGCAAGAAAUGCAAACAUUUUUGCUAUUUCCAGAGCACCUAUAAAUUCUAUAAUAUUUUGUAACAUUGAUUGCUACUGGAACAUAACUUCCACUUCUAAUUUUCGCUGAAAUAACUUUUUUUUUUUUUUUUUUUUUUCAAUUUUUCUAUUUUUUCUUUUUUUUUUUUUUUUUUUUUUUUUUUCUUUUUUUUUUUUUUUUUUUUUUUUUUUUUUUUUUUUUUAUAAUAUUUUUUUUUUUUUUUUUUUUUUUCAAGUUUUCAAUUUUAUCUAUGUAUUGUAUAUACAUAAUUUGUUUCUUUCUAUUCUUUAGGGACAGAGAAAGAAAUACAGGAAUAAUAACUUGCAAUGUGUGUUUGGAGGACUUCCAAACCAACAUAAAUUGUAUCCUUUUGUUAUAAAAGAAAAAUAUGUUUAAUCAGUGGAAACAAUAGGUUUUCAUUGAUCAUUUUCUUACAAUCCUUUUUUUAGCAUCAAAUAUAGGUUUAAUAAGGUACUGCCAAUUUAAAUUUCAAGCAACAUCUAUUUAGACAGUUAUCUACGUUCAAACAAUAGUAAUUGCUUUCCAUUUAAGUAUAAAAAAUUGGUAUCGAUAGACAAAAUGUUGGUAUAUCAAAAUGACAUUAAACGAUAGAUAUUUCUUGUUGCUUCUAUUUGUCCUUAAUAAAAUGUCAGACCUUUCAGAAGCUGUUGAUGUUUAUGGUGAUUGGAUUGAUGCUUGUGAGAGUGCUAAUCAGUAGCGAAGGCAUUUGUGGUUUGGAUCAGUCGAACCACAAACAUUUUUUUUGGAUUUGUUGCUCAUCAGAUGGUGCAUAGCUUGUGAUGAAUGUAUUUGUGAGAUGAUAUGGAUUCAUUAGUUUGCAAGCUUGGGGUCCAGGUCAGCUUGUCUUGGAGUUAAAUCAAAAUGGGAGUUCAUUGCAUCCCUGUGAAUGGAGAAAUCUUUUAUGGGCAUCGACGCAUUUAAGAUAUUUGAUAAUAAUGGUUAUGACGCAUUAUUAUAGGUUGCAAGGGUUAGUGCAGCAUAUCUGUCCUGUGUUAUAAAGAUAAAAAAUUGGAUAGUUUAUGUAACUAUUUUACAGAUAGUUAAGUUAUAGUUAACUUGAGUGUAAAAGAUUACAUUUGACUAAAUUUAAAUUAAUUUUCUAGAAUUAAAAAAAAAAAAAUUUAACACUUAUAAUGAUUUGAAUUAUUUAAUUGUGGUAACAUUAGACUGAUGUGUUUUUAGAUUUACUUGAAUCUCUUUAAGUAAAAAUUUCAUGAAAUCUCUUUUCUGGCAGAGAUGUGUUGCUUUUGACUUAGAAAUGAGACUAGUUAUUAGUAUGCAUUUUGCACCCCUACCUUUUAAAGUGUAUUGAAAUUAAUUAAUUCUUUGUCUUAAAAAAUGUCACCUUUUCUUCUAAAUUGCUGCAAUAUUUUAUGUAUUUUAUUAGCCUGUUUUGAUCUUAAAAUUACAGUAUGUGGAUCUGUUUUUUAAAAAGGAAUUAUUACUGUUCUAACCAUUUUAUAAAACUGAAGGCUUUAUAAUUAGAUGUAGAUACCAGUAUUUUUUUAAAGACAACAUAAUUUUUUUUUAAAGUUUCAUCCUGUUUAUAUUGAUUCUCUAAAAUUUUGUUAUAUUUUAAAGCUUGUGUAGUUGUGAUUUAUGUGUGUGUGUACAAUUGCUAUGUAUUGUAUGUGUAUUAUUAGUAAUAUUGAAUUGUUCUGUAUGUGCACAACUGAUCUGUUGCGAAUGUGUACAUUGAUGUGGAUGCUAAAGAUGAAUGUAAUGUGGCGCAUAAAGAGAAAAAUGAGACAGCAUUGGAUUAUUUAUUUUAACUAAUGUUAAUAUUCUGAAUGUAAAUUGUAAAAUGACCAAUCAGAUUUACGACAUCAGGCCAUCGUUGCUAGUAUCUUGAACCUCUUUUAUAUCCAUGUAUGUCCCUCAAUCAGCAAGGGCAAAUUUUAUAGCCAAUUUCUGUCUCUGAAUCGGGACUCUGCUACUGGUACUAAAGUAAAAAUGGGAACUCCAAAAUACUAUUUUCCCAAUUUUAGAUGUGUUCGGUACUUCACAUUGUCAUUUUAUGUUGAGAAAAGAAACUCAACAAAAAUUGUUUUUAUGAACCACAAUGUGCUAAAUUAAUUGUGAUACUGGUGCUAGUAGUGCCAAAGCAAAGUCUAGUAGGCUGUUCUAUCAGAAUUAUAGUGCAUCAUUCACAACAUUUCAUGUGACAAAAAUAUUUUAUAUUUCAUGAAAACAAGUGUCUGAAUGAAGAUAUAAAUUCAAUAAUAAAGCUUUGUUUUUAUUAUUUGAUUUUAGAAUUUGUUUUUUUGCCAUUUUUGUCUAGAUUUUUCAUUAUAAUUAUAAUGUGACCUUAACCUUUGUUGAACCUCAAGGCAUAUUCUAACAUCAGUACCGGUACAGCCAUGUGCUCAUAGAAAAUCUUUCCCAGCUUACAUCUGAUAGUAAACUUUUGGUGCUUAAAAAUUUUUGUGAUUUUAAUAUUUUCUUCUUGUACUGAUGUCAGCAAUGGUUAGUCUCUGAAUCCCAAGCAAGAGACUGUACAUUUUACUUUUACAUUAAAAAGUCUUUUUAAGAAUGAAUGCUGCUGUGGCUAUGGAGAAUGCCCCCUGUCAGUCGGUCAGUGGGGAUGUUGGUGGUGGGGGGGGGAUGGGGUGUUAUUGAAGUCAAACAUCACCAGGUUCAAAAUGCUUGUCAAAUAAUGGAACAAAUAAAUAAGAAGAAUAAUCCAGAACUAUAUGAAUCAUAACAGUGACAGUAUCUGUUUAAAAUGGUAGUGUUUAGCUUGUACAGAGGUUUGAAUGUUGGAGGUACAACAAUGGUAGCCAUAAAGUGAAAAAAAAAUUAUUGAUCAUCUACCGUUACCCUUUGUGUAGUUGUAGUUUGGAUAAUAAAGUGAAUCCAUUGACAUGUAGCACAUCUGUUAAGUAACCACAUAUUUAAUAUUGUUUUUGUUUUUGAUGAGUGAGAAAUGUUAAUCCAUAGAGACUUACCUGUUUCAACCAAAUGAUUGCAAUAUUUUUUUGUAUUAUUAAUACUUAAAAUUAAAACAUGAUUGUUUUCAAUUAAAAGUAAAAGAUCUCCAUUGAUGGGGAAAAAGCUUUAGGAAUAUUUUUAUUCUGUUUCUGAAACAAAAAAUCAUAUGAGUAUCAGUGCAUUUGUUUAAAAAAAAAAUACCAUAUUUAUUUACACUUUUGACCUUAAUAAAGUUAAUUUUCAUCAUAGUUUUAUUGUUUCAUAGAGUAUCAGGGCAUUUCUAAAAUUUUCACCAUAUUUAUUUACUUUUACUUAAGCCUUAAUAAAGUUAAUUUUCACAGUAGUUCAACUUCUUUUAUGGUAUUGGUACUUCAAUACUAUGGCCAUAACAAUUUCUGUGAAAAAUCUCCUCCUUCUUGCCUCACAAUAUUACAAUCUAAGUUGGAGCUCUUAUACUUUUAAGUUGUGUCUGUCUUUUUUUUGUUCUAAAUGUCACACACACACACCCUUCCCCUCCCCCCCCCCCC